AUGAAUCUUUAUGAUUUUAUUCGAACAUUUGAUCAUGAACAAAAUUUUCAACGACAAAUUGAACAAUAUGAAAUAAAAGAUUUUCAAUUAAUGUAUUUUGAUCAUAUUUGUCAAUUAUAUGCAAAUUCUAUUAGUAAUUUUCAACAUUUAUUUACUGAUGUUUCUCAAUUAUUACGAACUCCAAUUGAAAUACAACUUGAUAAUGAACUUAGUGAAAUGUUACAAGGAGCAACAAUUAGUGUUGAUGAUAUCGAUGGAAUUAAAGUACUCAUUCAAACAAUUACUGAUUUAUUAAAUGAUCUUCGAACAAAUGAACAUUUUCUUCAAAGACAAUGGACAGAUUCGUUAAAAGAAACAUGUUCUAUCUUAGCAAUUGAAAAUUCGAUUUUGAAUUUAAUACCCGAUGGAAUUAAAUGUGAAAACUAUGUUGCACUUUGUAUUCAUUUAAUUCGAAUGAGAACCAUUUUACAAGAACGAAUGGUUAAUAUCGAAGAAAAAGAAACUAAACAAUGGGAUGAAAAUAUCAACAACAAACCCAUUGAUCAGCAUCCAAAUCGUUUUUCGAAUUAUUUGAAUGAAAUAUCAAUAGAAAAUGAUGUUUCGAAGAAUUCAGUUGAGACAGAUGAUAAAGAUAUUUGGUUAGAUAUUCCAGGUUAUACAUCGGCUAAUCCAAUUGUUGAUGAUAUCUUCUUUGAUGAUCAUGUUAAAGAAACUCCAAUUCCUCAACCAACAACAACAACAACUUUUGAUUAUGAAUCACUCUUUCAAUUAGAUGUGAAAUCAGUUCCAUUAACAACAUCGAUUUUAUUUGAACAAAUUCAUAAUCAUAAAGAAGAAUCAAUAGCGAUAGAUUUGAAAAAAGCAUUAAAAUUUUCAAUAAGUCAUCCUGAUGGAAAAGUUGCUUCAAGUUUUUGGAAAGGUGAAAAUUUAUUUCAUAAAUUACGUGAAGUGUUCAAGAAAGAAAAAUAUGAUGAAAAUAUAUUUGUUAUUAUUGAUAAAAAUGAUAUUCUUCUUGAUUUUCUUAAUGAAAAUACUCCAGUACCAAAACGUAUGUCUCAAGAAUAUUUCAUUAUUCAAAAAGAAUCGUUAUUUCAAAUCGAAUUUCGUUUUCAAGAUAAUAAUUUCAAAUAUUUCGUUUCAUUGAACGUUAAAAUUCCUUCAAUAAUUCAACGAUUUCUUACUGAUUAUAAUAUAAAACCUUCAUCAGAUGAAAAUUAUCUUUGUUUCUUUAACGAACAUAAAAAAACCAUUGAAAAUGAAACUAUCGCUGAUCUUAUCAAACAAACGAACAAUCCAGAAUCAAAAAUUAUUCCAAUAAUCAUUACUGAAGAUAAUCUUAAUACUUCUUUACUUUAUCAAAUCACUCUACGAACAAAACAAAAUCAAGAACAAACUGGUUUCUUUCAUCCCACUGCAAAUUGGAAACAUGUCAAUGAAUGGUUAAAACAUUUCGAUCAAAUCAUUGAUUCUCCAACAAAUGAAUAUUCUUUUUUUAAUAAAGAACAACAGACAAUUCUCGAUGAAAAUCAAACAAUUUCUUCAAUACUUAUUGAUGGAAUCGAUCGAAAUAUAACAAUAAAAGUUACAUUUACUUAUGAAACAAAUAAAGUAACAAUCAAUGCAUUAAAAUCAACAAAACUUUAUCAUUUAUUAAACAAUGAACAUCUUCUUCGACAACUAAAUUUAAUUGAUAUAUCUCCUAAUGAUUGUGUUCUUGUUCUUGAAGGAUCAAAUGAACAAAUUCUUUCGCAAAAUGAUAUUCAACAACCUGUAAAUCAUUAUAUAUCAACAGAUAAUCAAUCAAUUCAUUUUAGAAUAUCAAUUAUGAUUCAGAUAUUUCGAUAUGAUAGUUCAGAACCAAUUUCAAUUCAUUUUUCAAACAGAAAUAUCAUAAUGGAAGAUAUAUUUCAAUCAAUUACUAAUGUUCCAUCCAAUGUUUAUGAAUACUUAGCUUCCAAUUCAACAAAGAAAGUUAUUGAUUAUUGUGACAAACUUUCGAAUAUAAAUGAAACAAAAUUUUUAUUAGUUAAAGAAAAUGAAACGUGUCUUGUAUCAAUUGAAAAACCUAAAAAUAAUCAAUUACUUGAUUUAGAUGAUGGACAAAAUGAUAUUCAUCAACGAUAUACUAUUUAUGCUCGAAUUCUCGAUAUUUAUCAGGAAAAUCAACUUGAUAUUGAUCAUCAAUAUUUAUUUUAUUCGAAUGAUUUUGUUCCAUCAAUUCAAACACAAUUAAUAUCUUUUCAAUCACCAUCAUCAUUAUCAUCAAUUCGAUUUACUUUAAGCAAUGAAAAUUUACCAGUGAAUAUUACCAUUGCAAAUAAUGAAAAUCAACAAACAAUUCAAUUUCAUUCUUCUUUAACAAUUAAUAUUAAAAGUUUACGUUCGUUUGCUUGUCAAUUAUUUUUAUUAAAUGAGAAUUAUUAUCAAUUAAUGUAUGAUGGUUGUCCACUUGAUGAUGAUGAUAUAACUUUGAAUGAUAUUGAUUCUGAUAUGACUCAUAUAGAAUUACAAAUGAACUCAACAGCAGAGAUUCAUUGUUCAAUUCAAUUUGGUGAACAAAAAAUUAUAUUACCGUGUUCUUCAAAUACAUUAAUAGAAAUGAUUAUUAAAGAAUCAUUAACAAAAUUAUAUUUAUCUCAAGAUGAGAAUCAGAUUUAUGAAUUAUUUGCUUUGACUGAUGAUGAUCAAACAUCAAUUGAAGAAGAUAUUCCGAUUGAUGAUAUUUAUUCAUUAUUUCCAUCUAAACCAACUCUCAUACCGUUUGAACUAAAGAAGAAAGGCGAAUAG